AACCGAAAGUCGUUUUUUAGAUCCCAUCCCCGUCGGUGCAUUGCAUUCCUUUAUAUUAUAAAGUUUUUAACAAUACGAAAAAAAUAUUGCAUACAGAAACAGCGCAUAUACACCAUGAGUGGAGGCAAGCACUUGGCUACAGGUUCGCCCAAACCCGAGAUCCCCAAUGACGGCAAGCUGCGUUUGUAUUCAAUGCGCUUUUGUCCCUACGCCCACAGGGUUCAUUUGGUAUUGGACGCCAAAAAAAUUCCGUAUCAUAGCAUUUUUAUCAAUCUCAACGAUAAACCGGAAUGGCUAACCGAGUAUAGUCCUUUGGGCAAGGUGCCAGCUUUGCAUUUGGUGAAAGAGGAGGGAAAACCGGCUUUAAUUGAAUCCCUAGUAAUUGCGGAAUAUUUGGAUGAGCGAUAUCCCGAACCAAAACUAUUCCCCAGCGAUCCUUUAAAGAAAGCCCAAGAUAAGAUACUAAUUGAACGCUUCAAUGCUGUCAUUGGGCCCAUGUAUAAGAUUUUUGUUAACAAUGAGGUGCCCGGGGCCAUUACCGAUGUCAGCACUGGUUUGGAUAUAUUCGAGAAGGAAUUGAGAGCACGCGGCACACCUUUCUUUGGCGGCGAUAAGCCAGGCAUGUUGGAUUACAUGAUUUGGCCAUGGUGUGAACGUUCGGCCAUGUUGAAAUAUCUUUUGGGUGACAAAUAUGAAAUGGAUAAGGAACGUUUUGAGAAAUUGCUCAAAUGGCGCGACCUAAUGGGAGAGGAUGAGGCAGUUAAAUGCUUUUAUCUGGAUGGCGAAACUCAUGCCAAGUUUAUGAAGACUCGUCGUGAGGGCAAGCCAAAUUAUGACAUGCUUGUAAAUCCCUCAAAACGCCAACGUAUUUGCUAAGCAGCUUGAUCCUUUCACUUGACACUUUAUUUUUCACACUUACCUAGAUACAUUAUGCAAAGUUUUCAUUUCUAUUGGCAGGCUUAAAACUUUACAAUCCAUUUACAAUACAUUUAUUUUAUACUCUUUUUUUAGUAUAUGAAAUGAACUAUGAUAUUACUAGUUUACGACUAAAGCAAAUAGUAAUAAAAUGAUCAAUGCAGCAAUAUAA